GGAUUUAUGCAAAUCGGGGGGAAUGAUAUUUCAGAACUUUCCAAAAAUUUAGAAAUUUCUAUAGAACAAGAAAGUGAGAAGAUGGUCGAUAAAUUAUGGGAUUUGGCUCUAAAGUGUAAGAGGCAUCUUGUCAAAGACGGUAGAAUGAUGAUUGGAAAAUUAAUUACAAGAGAUAUGGCCCCAAAAUAUCUGAAACAAUUCAUAAAAAAUGAAACACAGUUAAAAAUCUGCAAUAGUAUGAUACAUGAAGUAAAUAGGAAAUUAAACGAGCGGUCAAAGAGAGACAAUCGAAUAAUAUUUUGGAGAACGAGAGGUAUUGAAGUAGACAUUAAAAAGAAAUUAAAGGAUGGGACACACCUAAAACAGGGGCCCAUGGUUGACUGGGGUAAACAGUUGCAAAAUGCAGUCAACACGGCUCUAGGGAUGAUGA